GGCAUUUCCGAUAAGGAUUCGAAUACUGCGUGGAUGGCAAUGUGUUGGUUAGCAAAGCCCUACUGGUGAAGAUGCGAUAACACGAAUCGUUUGUCUCACUAUUCUGUGUAAAUCAUUGACAAUCCCUUCAUACAUACAGUCCCCUGCAGUAAAUCGUGUUUCUCUCUGUACGGGUAAUAGUAUUCUUAGCAAAAGUGGAUGCAGAUAAGCGAAGAAGCUGAUAGUUCUGGUUGCAACAUCACCGAAGCAAGAUGUCUUUUGAAUAUACGGAAAUCACGGAUCCACAGUACGUGCAAAAUAAAGAACAAACUGGUGAAGAGGACUACAUCAUGGUACGCGCGAAACAGUACGCCGAUGUGCCUGUUUCUAUUCCCAACUGGGAACCACCGGCUUAUUGUUACACAAAUAGAUUUCAGAACUACGAGAAAGAUCUGCUCGGGAUGGAAGUGUUUCCAGACGAUGUAUGGGUAGCAUCGUAUCCAAAGAGUGGAACCACAUGGUGCCAGGAGAUGGUUUGGUUGAUUUGCAAUGAUCUUAACUUUGAAGCAGCACGUGCAGAAUCGUUACGUACACGGUUUCCCUUUCUCGAUGUUAGUUUAAUCCACGACGCAAAGAUGAGCUCGUUUGAACGUGUGCAGCAGACACCUCGUCCUCGCUUUAUUAAGACACACCUGCCAGUGUCAAUGCUACCGAAGCAGUACUGGAGUGUAAAACCGAAAACCGUGUACAUCAAGCGCAACCCAAAAUCAGUGGCCGUUUCAUACUUUCAUCAUUCUCGCGGGAUCUUCUACCGUGGCACAAUGGAUACUUUCGUGCGAUCGUUUGUGCGAGAGCAUCAGUUUUAUUCACCAUAUCAUGCUCAUGUCAUUGGGUACCAUGAACUGCACGACUGCGACAAUAUACUUCAUCUUUCGUACGAGGAUAUGAAGCGUGAUCUUCCGGCAGUCGUUAGUAAGGUGUGUCAGUUUUUCGGUAAGUCCUACAACGAGCAACAGUUGGGAAAAUUGUACGAGCAUCUCUCGUUCAAAUCGAUGCGCGAGAAUAAGGCUUGCAACUAUGAAGAUGCAAAUCAACCACGAGAGGAAGAGGAUCGAUUUAUUCGGAAAGGCGAGCUGGAAAGCUGGAAACAGGAACUGACCACAGAACUGAUUGAGAUACUCGAUCGGUGGACUAUGGAAAAGACUCCAAAUAUUCAACAUAGACAAUUGUUUGAAUGAUCGUACGGUGGAAUGCUAGUAGGAUCUCUUCAAAUGAUCGUGUUGGAUUGAAAGUUUCGGUUAGCGGAAAAUAAUAUUCUCAUCAAAAAGAUUGUACCAAGCUGAAAGAAAGAAUAAAAGAAAUUUUACGCUGUUUAACACAA